CUGGACUCAUUUGUUCCUUGUCGUCCCAACAGCCACAGGACCAAGGCAUCUGGUUGGCCCCCUCCAUCUGGGACCUGUGCCCAGGGACCCCCAAAUGGCUGGAACAUGGCCUCCAGUAGAGAGGGUCGUGACUCCUUCAUCAAUCACAUUUCCCAGAGUAGCUCGCUGGAGGAGGUCCGUUUGGAUGUGGAGAAGCUCGUGCCUCCAGCGCCCCGUAAGGUGGAGAUGAGGCGAGACCCUGUGCUGGGGUUUGGCUUUGUGGCUGGCAGUGAGAAACCAGUGGUGGUUCGCUCUGUCACUCCAGGGGGUCCGUCGGAAGGCAAACUCGUCCCAGGCGACGAGAUCAUCAUGAUUAAUGAGGAGACAGUGAGCGCGGCACCCAGGGAGAGAGUCAUCGACCUGGUCAGGAGCUGUAAGGAAUCCAUCGUGUUGACGGUUGUACAGCCCUACCCGUCCCCAAAGUCUGCUUUCAUCAGCGCAGCCAAAAAGGCCAAGUUGAAGUCUAACCCAGUCAAAGUGCGCUUCGCUGAGGAAGUCAUUAUUAACGGACAAGUACCAGAAAUGGUGAAGGAUAACUCCCUUCUCUUCAUGCCAAAUGUUUUGAAGGUCUACCUGGAAAACGGACAGACCAAAUCUUUUCGUUUUGACUGUAACACCUCCAUUAAGGAUGUUAUCCUGACCCUGCAGGAGAAGCUGAAUAUUAAGAGUAUAGAACACUUCUCCCUGAUGCUGGAGCAGAAGACAGAAGGCUCCAAUACCAAACACCUGCUCCUACACGAACAAGAGAUGCUCUCCCAGGUGACUCAGAGACAGGGCUCACAUAAGAUGAAAUGUUUUUUCCGCAUCAGCUUCGUUCCAAAGGACCCGGUCGACCUGCUCAGGAGAGAUCCUGUGGCAUUCGAGUAUCUCUAUGUCCAGAGCUGUAAGGAUGUGGUACAGGAGCGUUUUGGCUCAGAGCUGAAAUAUGACACUGCUCUUCGUCUGGCUGCUCUGCAGAUGUACAUCCUCACCCUCAACACCAAGCAGACGCAGAAAGUCUCACUCAAAUACAUCGAGAAGGAGUGGGGUUUGGCCCUGUUCCUCCCCCCAGCUGUUCUAUCUAGCAUGAAAGAGAAGAACAUUAAAAAGGCGCUUACUCACAUUCUCAAAACGAACCAGAACCUGGUACCACCCGGUAAAAAGUUGACGGCCCUACAGGCAAAAGUCCACUACCUGAAAUAUCUCAGUGACCUGAGACUGUAUGGAGGGAGAGUGCUUAAAUCCACACUGGUCCAGGGGGAGAAGCACAGUGAGGUGACCCUUCUGGUGGGGCCGAGGUACGGCAUCAGUCACGUGAUCAACACCAAGACCAACCUGGUGGCACUGCUGGCAGAUUUCAGCCAUGUCAACCGCAUUGAGAUGUACACAGAGGACGAGAAGAACGUUAGGGUAGAACUCCACGUCCUGGAUGUCAAGCCCAUAACCCUUAUAAUGGAGUCCAGUGAUGCUAUGAACCUGGCAUGCCUCACCGCUGGCUACUACAGAUUACUGGUGGACUCACGUCGCUCCAUCUUCAACAUGGCAAACAAAAGUAAAACAUCAGGUGAGGAACAGUGUUCAAAUGACUCUAAGGGAAAGAAUACCUACCAGGCUAUUGAGUGGAAUUACAGCUCCUCCUACAGCGGAUGUGAAGACCACAACAACCAGAUGUGUAUGAGGGACCUGCCAGAGAAAGAGCCUGAGUACGCAGAAUGUUCCAGAAGGGAUGGUGAUACGGGCCCAAUCUACAUCACUGAGGUGGAGCCACUCCAUCAUGUGGGGCACAUGGGCGAAAAACCAGACAGGGGAGGGAGGGGAACAUACGCACAGCCUUUCCUAGGCCUACCUAGGGCCAAACCCCAGGACUCACCUCGCAGUGCAAAAGUCUCAUUUAUAUUUGGAGACCCUCCAUUAGAUAGUGUAAACCCCCAGAACCUGGGGUACCAGAGGCUAAUGGAGGAGAUGCCAGAGGUCUGGGAUGGCAACAGGUCUAUGUACAUGCAACACGAGGACUUUAAGACCAUGGAGCCAUGCCUGGAGGCAGAAGAGGACUUCACAUAUGCCUCCCACCCAGUCUACAGCGACGCGAAAAUCUUCGGCAACACAGAGGGCAUUGAAGAACCGUUGCUGCGGGACAUAUGCUACGCCGAGACCACCGACGAUGCUGAGGAUGAAGACGACAUCAGCUGCGAGGAGGACAUGGUGACAAUGAGCGAGCUGAGAGACAAGAACUCCUUCCUCUCGCUCUCCGAAUCCAGCGACGACAUCAUUGACCUGACAAACCUUCCUCCUCCACCAGAGGGCAACGAUGAGGACGAUAACGAUGUCCUCCUGCAGUCACUCAAUUUGGCCAUCGCAGCCCCUCCGCCGGGUUUUCGGGACAGUUCUGACGAAGAAGAGCAGCAGGACCCUCAGAGGAAGGACAGGAAAGGCAAAGCCUCGUGCGACGACAUCCCCGUGUCUCUGAUCGACGCCGUGCCCACACAGGUCGGCUGCAGAACGGAGGAGGCUUUCGAUGACGCUGUGGUCUCAACGUUGCAGGCUUUGGAGGCCUUGGCAGCGUCCGAGGAGCAGUCUCCCCACUCCCAAUCAGACAAUAGCACAGGCGUAGAAAUAUCUAGAGCCUUUAGUCCCGAGUCCUCUUCGGAUUCUGGAAAUGAGACUAACUCUUCUGAAAUGACAGAAAACUCUGAACUUGCGGCAAAUCAGAAAGUCUCAGAGAGCUCCCUCAGAAUGUUUGUAGCCACCGCUGAGGGCUAUCAAACGCUGACCGAGGAGAAGACCGAAUUUCGUUUAACUCAGAGAGAGACUGGAGUAGCCCUCAAAGUGCAGCAUUGCUCCACCUCCAGACUUCAGGAUGAGGACUCCCAGUCCUUAGCUGUGCCUUCCUCCCAAACCUUCCACUCAGACAAGGUCGAGAUGGAGCCAGACACCAUGGAGACCAAAUCUCUGUCUGAUUACUUCAGCAAACUCCACAUGGGCAGCGUGAUGAGCUCCUGUAGGUCUCAAGGCCAACAAGGCGAGGCUGAUGUCAAGACGUCAUCCGCGGUCGAGCACUCCGAAUCCCGUCUGAUGAAGAGCGCCAACGAAGAGGAUCUUGUUGGAAAGUACAACAGCUUCAACGCAAGAGACCCUCGUCAUUUAAACCAGUUUGAUCUGGAGAGAAUGUCAUUUCCAUUUCACGACAAGGCUCAACGGUGGUCGCAGUUUCCUGAGAACAAAAUGCUAGGACACAUGUCCUCAGAGGUUAGCACUGAUUGCACUAUGUUGCAUGCUGACAGGAGAGUACAGAAAGGGGAAAAAAUGGACCCUGAUGAAACGGGUUCAGUAGUGCUGGGCAAACCCAGAGGCCCUCUUACAUCAGAAUCUAAUGCUCGCUCCCCAGUCAAAGAGUCAUUUAUGACUGAACAAGCUGGCUUGGCCAAUAAUGAGCUGCAGCAGGGAAAGGGGACUGUGGCUGAUCACGAGGUGACGAGGGUUUACGAGUAUCACCUGACCAAACGGAUGUCCUCCUUACAGAGCGAGGGUAUCCAUUCCCUACAAAGCUCCCAAUGCUCUUCCAUCGAUGCUGGCUGCAGCACAGGGAGCAGUAGCUGUGUAACGCCGAUGGAUUCCCCUCUGUGUACAGCAGAAAAUUCACACCUGCUCUCGGAAUCGUCUUUAAAGGGUCUGGGCUAUGGAGGUGCAGAGGAAAAAGCCUAUGGCCAAGGGAUGCAUGGUAAAGUCCACAACCAGAGUCCGGAACCUUCGUUUUUACGGAAGCUCCACAUAGGGACAGGCUCGGAAUCACCUAGCGGUAUUAUGCGUGAAGGGAGCCAACGCAUGCCCAAGAUAAGAGAAACUACAGGUAUGGUCGAGUAUGAUGGCUGA